GAGGGCUGCGGUGCAAUGAGAGCAACAAAGUCACUGCUGGUGAUUUGCCUGCUGGUGACCGUGAGUCUUUGGCCCAAGCUGCCGCUGCAGGAUGUGUCUGCUGGUCAGAACCCUCCCCGCUCACCAAUCUUAGAUGAGAACCUGAUGUUUGAGUUUCUGCUGGGCGGGAUCAGAAUGAACCGGGACAACAACAUUGUCCUGCUCGAUGAGGAGAUGGCGUCCACGCGACCGGGCCGAGCUUUGCUGGCUCAAAUCAACGAUAACAUUCCCAGAAAUCCAAGCUCCAUGAUGCAGAUGGUGAAGGCGCUCAAGAGGUCGCGGGGUCGCCCGCUGGCUCAGGAUCAGUUCCACGAUCUGGUGCUCAGCUCGGUGUACUCGGCAUACCAGGCUCAGCGCCAGGAGGAGGAAGAGGAGCAGCAGGUCUGGGCUGAGGUCCUCCUGCAGCUGGCCAACGUCACCGUCCGUGAGUUACGUGGCCGGUAUCUCCACAUCUACCCCAUUAAAUGA